UAUCACUAAUAUGCUGGAAUUGAAUUCAAGGAAAAGAUUUCGUAUAACCGUAGUUUGCAAUGUAUGCAAAGGUAGGAAAGUGAAAUGCGAUAAAAAAAAGCCUUGUAAUUCAUGUAUAAAGUUCAAAACAACAGAACUUUGCAACUAUGAUGAUCCUUUAUGGAUUAAAGCAUCUCUGAAAGAAUCGAAAGGAACAAAAGAUUCAAAAGAUGUCGAAUCUGAUUUGGAAUCUCUUAAACAAAAAGUAAGUUUACUUGAAUCCAUUAUUCGUAAUCAAAAACGACAAUCGAGAGCAGUGGAGAGAUGGGAUUCGAUUGUUAAAUAUCCCAAAUCUAAAAAAUUCCUAAAUCUUUCAUCAAUGAUUGGCAUAAAUCCGGUAGCAACAGAAGACGAUACUUUAAAUUUCUAUGAGAAUUAUGGUACUUUAAAAGUGAAUUCAAAUGAUCCAAUGAAACGGGUUGAUUUGGGACCAUUUUCUUGGCAUGCACUUGUUAGAAGAGAUCCUUGUCUUUUUGAUUUAUGGUGUUUUUUAACUCAUAAAAGGGAACUAUUGAUAGAAAAGGAUAAACUAAAUAUACAACAUCGAAAUCCUCAUGGGGUAUUAAUGGCGAUAAAACGAUACCUGGAACUUUUAUUUGGGAAUACUACAUAUGUUAAUAGUUUUAUUCCACUUGGGAAUAAUAAUGAAGCCCCAUGGAAAGAAUUACAUGAGCUAAUAAUAUUGCCUCUGAAUAAUAUAAUAUGGUAUUAUAUUGAUAUAUUUUUCAAAAACCUUUAUCCAUAUUUACCAUUUAUUGAUGAGACGAAUUUUAGAAAUUCAGUAUCAAACAUAAUAUCUAAUAGAACAAAUGGAUGUGGUUGUAUUGAAAUAACCGGAAUUGCAGACUGUGCAAUAUUGGGAUUACUUCUAAUAGUUAUGCGAAUGGGUUAUCUUUCUUUACUUUCCAAUGAAAAGGACAUGAAUGAACAUCCAAUUGGAGCUGAAUAUAUAUUUUGGGCAAAAAAAUGUUUAAAUCAAAUUGAUAUGCUUCAAAAUAUUGAUUUAGGUGUGAUUCAAUUUGCUCUUUAUUUAUGGUUAUAUUUUCGAAUCGCUCCAGAGAAUGGAGAAGGUCCGGAUCGUAACCUUCUUCAAAUAUUUAGUGGGAUGAUCGUACAAAUGGCAUUUAGUAUUGGAUUGAAUCGAGAACCUGAUAAUUUUAAUGAAGUGUCUACUAAUGAGCGUAUUAAUCAUCUUAGACGCAAAGUUUGGCAUCAAAUAAAAGAUCUAGAUAUACGACUGUCAAUAGAAUUUGGCAGUCCACUUUUAAUUACGAAACGUUUUUAUGAUACAAAACUUCCAUUUUAUACCCCUGGCUGUGAAAAUAGUUUAACACCUGGACUUGAAAGGGAAAUUAUUGAAAUUGACGAAUCAGUUAAUGAAAUUCUUGAAAAAACUAAAAAUAUCCUUCUUACAGUAUUAGAAAUAACUGCUAAAGUUAAAAUGGUAACAAUAUCAAAGUAUCUUUGUGACAUGGAAACAAUUACGAAUAAAACGUUUGGAAAUCUUCACGAUUAUAUUAAUGCUUGUAAUGAUGGAAAGAAUUGGACUUGGUUAAUACAUGCCCCAUUGUUUAUUUCUUUAAGAUUAUUCCAUGCAUCACUUUAUUAUGUGUUCUUUUUACAUUAUGAGAGAGUAAAAGAUAUUGAUCAUCUGUUUUUUUAUCUAAAGAAAUCACUUUGUAUUGGUAUUGAAGAAUUUUUGCCAUACUUUUUCGAUUUGUUAAGUAUUCUGAAUGAAGAUACAGGUUAUGCAUCUCAAUUUAUGUUGAAUCCAAGUUUAGAAAAAGUGAUAAAUAGGACUAAUGGGUUCUAUUUUUCAACAAUUUUUCGUAUAAAAUAUACGCUUCAUAAAAUGACAGUGGAAGAAAUGAAUUCUAAACCAGAAUAUGUCAAUUCAUUGAAAAAACUUGCUAAAUUAGUAUCAGCAUGUUCAAAAAUAACUAUUGUUGCAAUAUCAAAGCUUAGUGAUAGAUACUGGUAUGCUUGGAGAAUAGGUAAAUCUCAUAGUUUUAUGCUUAAAACCUUAAUUUCCGAUUCAUAUUAUGAAGAUCUUGAUCAAUUUAAAGUACAAAAGGAAUUACCAAUAUUACAAUUUAAAUUAGACCAAAUACUUGAGUUAAUCGAAUUAUUUGAAAAAUCAUUGAGUAAAUACCGGAAAGAAGGAUUCAGAGAUCAAUGGAGAACAUUUUCCGAUGUAACUAAAUUAGUUAGUGAGAAGAAUCCAUUAUCAUUACUGGAAUAUAAUUUUGAUCGUGAUUUAGAAGAUUUUUGGUCAUGUUAUACUGAACAAAUGGGAUCUAUAAGUAGUUUACCACUUGGAACCAAUAACAUCCAACAUCUUUUCACUGAUACAAAUGAAGGAGAUGUUGAAAAUAGAAUGAAAGACGUUCGUAAUACCUUGGAAACUUAUCUAGAGCUUGACGCUCCAUAUUUUGAUUAUGGAUGUGGAAUAAGUUCGUCAUACAAUUUUUCUUAACUCAAACAUUAAUUUUAUUAACUAUAAACUAACGAAAGUUGUGUAUUCCCAUUA